GCGUAUUUUUACGCGUUUGGCCCUACCCUUUUCUUCUUCUUUGUUUUUUGUCCUUGAAAAAUUGUCUUCUACUCCUCCAUCUUCAACUUCACUUUGAACUUUGAUCACUGUUACCUUUCUUCUUCAAAAUGGCUUCACAAAACCCUAAUUCCUCUCGAACCUCAAUGUAUCCUCGAGUAGUAAUUGACCAAAAUACCCCUCUCCCCUCCUCUUCGCGUCAAAAUCUUUACCCAACCAUUAACAUGAACGACCUUGUUGACCAAAAUACCCCUGAAGAAAAACAUUAUUCCCCAUCUGCGCCUCCUGAAACCAUUGAAGAAACACUCCUCACUAUCCCCGGUUCCAUUCUCCAUUUGAUCGACAAAAACUACUCAGUGGAACUCGCUACCGGCGAUUUAUUCUUACAUCGUAUCCGACAAGGCAACAACAUUGUUGCUGUACUUGUUCGUGUCGGAAAUGAAAUCCAAUGGCCCUUGACUAAAGAUCUUGCUUCAGUAAAACUCGAUGAUUCCCAUUAUUUUUUCUCAUUUCAAGCUCCUAAAGACGACGAUGAUGAAUCGGAUAAAGAAUCAAACGACUCGUUGAAUUAUGGUUUAACGAUUGCUUCAAAAGGACAGGAGAAGUUGUUGAGGGAACUGGAUGGCAUUUUGGAAAAUUACAGCAAUUUCACGGUGCAGAAAGUGGAGGAAAAGGUGGCGGUAGCAUUGGGUGGACCGGUGGAUUUGAAGUCGGAAAAGAAGGAAGUGUUGGAAGGGCGAUGUGCGGCUUAUUGGACCACGUUGGCGCCUAAUGUGGAGGAGUAUAAUGCUAAAGCGGCUAAGUAUGUUGCUUCCGGUUCGGGGCAUUUGAUAAAGGGGAUUUUGUGGUGUGGAGAUGUGACUGCUGAUAGAUUGAAAUGGGGGAAUGAUGUUUUGAAGGAUAAGUUUAAGGCAGGUUCGAAAGCUGAGGUCAGUCCUGAGACUUUGAAGAGGAUAAAAAGGGUUAAGCGAGUGACAAAAAUGACAGAGAAAGUGGCAGUUGGAGUCCUAUCUGGAGCUGUGAAGGUUUCAGGAUUCUUUACUAGGUCUGUUGCAAAUUCCAAAGCAGGGAAAAAGUUCUUUAGCCUCCUGCCGGGGGAAAUGGUUCUUGCCACUCUUGAUGGAUUUAGCAGAAUAUGUGAUGCUGUUGAAGUAGCUGGAAAGAAUGUGAUGUCUACAUCAAACACUGUGACGACUGAAUUUGUUUCUCACAGGUAUGGAGAAGAAGCAGCUAAGGCAACCACCGAAGGGCUUGAUGCAGCAGGGCAUGCUUUUGGGACUGCCUGGGCUGUGUUUAAGAUCAGACAGGCACUGAACCCCAAAAGUGCCUUGAAGCCCACUGCCCUAGCCAAAUCUGCUGCAAAAGCUGCUGCUGCGGCUGCUAAAGCUGAUAAGAAGGCUAAGAGUUCCAAGUAGUCACUGAUGUUGAACUAGCAUUGCAGCAAUGCGCUUUUUCCUUUAUACUUGUGAAGCAGUAUGUUGUGAGAAAAGCUCAAUUUGGCUGGGGCUCUGAUCUGCAAACUGAUGUCAUUGUAAAAAGAUUUGGUAAGUUGAGAGAGGUGGAGACAAGCAGCUCUUAGCAAUGGCCAUUAGGCAUCACCAGAAAACGCUCGAGAUAACAGGCAUCGGCUCUGACCUCUUCAUAUUAUUUGUGUGUAUGUGUGUGUAUACAAGUGAGAGCACCAACCUACCUGCUGUAAACUCUCUGGAAUUUAAGUUCACAUUCUUUUUUUCAAUCUUAUAUUUAUGUGAUACCAGUAAAGAUUAAGAUUAGGUUAUUUGUUACGUUGAAUCAAAUUAAUCACUGAACUUAGUUUCAGCAACAAUUCACCUCA